GUAAGUGUCCGAUGUUGUUGGCUCUUUCUCCUCAUUUUCAGAACUCAAAAAACAGAGUGGCAAAUCAACCUCUCCCCUUCUCAAUUCCCAUUCAAUCUCAGAUCAUAUGUAUGUAUGUAUAUAUACAUAUUGCCUUUGCAUUCUAGGGUUUGCACAACAACCCCAAUAUGUCUACUCUCCUCACAAUUGGACCAAAUUCGGUCCUCUCUUCCUUCCCUGACCGAACCAGGACCAUAAACCCUCUUCUCCACCGAACCCACCAUCUGGGUUUAUCGAAUCAUAGUCCCUUCCUUCGGGGCACACUGGGUUUGGUCAGGCUAGGGUUCAAUCAGGUACAAUUUCCUGAUCCUGAUAGUGUGGAGAAUCUGCUUCGGCACCUGUUUGGAAGAUCAGAAAGUUUUCUUUUCACGAUUGCCGAUGCCGCUGCUAGCACCAAACAGAACAGUGAUUGGCUUUCUGGAAUUACUUUUUACAUGGAAAAUGUUCUUAAGGUUUUGGCGGAUGGUUUAGCUACUUUACAUGUUCCUUAUGCUUAUGGCUUCGCAAUUAUUCUCCUCGCUGUACUCGUUAAGGCUGCUACCUUUCCUUUAUCAAAGAAACAGGUAGAAUCUGCAAUGGCAAUCCAAUCCCUACAACCGCAAAUAAAGGCCAUUCAGCAACGGUACACUGAAGACCAGGAGAGAAUUCAUCUUGAAACUGCUCGAUUGUAUAAACUAGCUGGCAUAAAUCCAUUGGCAGGAUGUCUGCCAACUCUAGCCACCAUACCCAUCUGGGUUGGACUUUAUAGAGUCCUAUCAAAUGCAGCAGAUGAGCGACUCUUGACAGAAGGCUUCUUCUGGAUACCCUCCCUGUCUGGUCCGACUACAAUUGCUGCUCGACAAAAUGGCAUUGGCAUCUCUUGGCUUUUUCCUUUUGUAGAUGGUCAUCCUCCCCUUGGAUGGUCAGAUACCUUGCCAUAUCUUAUACUGCCUGUGUUGCUGGUUCUCUCACAGUAUAUCUCUGUUCAAAUCAUGCAGUCAUCACAGGGUAAUGAUCCAAGCUUGAAGAAUUCUCAAGCCAUUACGAAAUUUCUUCCCUUAAUGAUCGGUUAUUUUUCUCUUUCAGUUCCUUCUGGGCUAAGCCUUUAUUGGUUAACAAGUAACAUAUUGGGCACAGCACAACAGGUGUGGCUUCAAAAAUUGGGGGGUGCCAAAAAUCCAGUGAGUAAGUUCAGUGAUAACAUUAUCAAGGAGCAAUCCCAAAUCCGAAAGUCCAUGCUUGAAACGAGCACCAUCAAAACAGAGCUCAAAGUGGAGAAGUUGACUUCAGAGGGGCCUCGUCCUGGUGAAAGAUUUAAACAAAUAAAAGACCAAGAGGCAAGGAGAAGACAGAAGAUAGAGGAAGAAUGGAGGAAAAACGGGGGACAUAAGAACGAAGGGAAUUCAGUUCAGAGGGAAAGUGGAGCUGGAGCUGAGUCUAGUGAUACCGAGAUUGAAAGUGGUAACUCUAUGAGUGGGAUUUGCAAUUCGUCCGGUACCGGACAUCAUGUCGUGGACGGUGAUCUUUCUACGGUGGACUCAAAGGAAGACCAGAAGACUUCUGUCCUUGAGAUGGAAAGCAGUGAAGUUUCUGCUAAUUUGAAGGAUGCGAGAGGUGAUCAAAAUCUCCAUGAGGAUCCAGAGAAGGAAUAAGCAAUUGCGGAUGACAAACUUUCCAGUGAAGCUACACAUUGGGACUGAAGUGAAUGAACAAUGGAAAUAGAAGCCGAGCAGGUAUAUUUAUUUUCACAACAAUUGAUUAAGGAGUAUGCGAGCAACUUAACAUCGCCCAAUCAACAUUUCCAAAUUGGCAAACGAUUUGAAUGGAGCAUGUUUGGUUUACCUGGUGAGAUUGUAGGGGCAAUAGGGUGUAAAUUGUUAUUGUCACAGGUGGAUACUGAGAUCAGUAAAGUUUGGAGUGUAUUUCUUGUAACUUCAACUUGAGAAUGAAUGUAAAAAUUGUCCUCAACAAUGGGUUUGUAAUUUAUUUUCUGCUUUUGUUUUUUCUGA